GACGCAACGAAAGGGAGAGGGAGAGCCAGCGGCGUGCGGCUGCAGCUACAGGAGCGGACGGACUCGACUGGAGCCUGCGGGGCGAGAGGCAGCAAGCGACCGGGGAACAGUGCGACGCGAGGACCGGAAAACGGACGAGGUGAAAACAUGAGCAGCCCGAAGCCGCAGAGUAUCCUGCGGGAGGCGUCCCACCAGAUCGCGGCCGGCGGAUCAGCCGGUUUGGUGGAGAUCUGCUUGAUGCAUCCCCUCGAUGUGGUGAAGACGAGAUUCCAGAUCCAGAGGGGAACCAGUGACCCCAACAGCUACAAGAGCCUUGGCGAUUGCUUCCGCACCAUCUUCCGCAAUGAAGGCAUCCUUGGCUUCUACAAGGGGAUCCUACCUCCGAUCGUGGCAGAGACCCCGAAGCGGGCAGUCAAGUUUUUCACCUUCGAGCAAUACAAGAAGUUGCUGAACCUGACCCCUCUGUCUCCAGGUGUGGCGCUGUCUGCGGCGGGGCUCGGCGCAGGCUUGACUGAGGCAGUCGUCGUCAAUCCAUUCGAAGUGGUGAAAGUCAGUCUCCAGGCCAACAGAGAUAACUUCAAAGAGCAACCCUCCUCAUUCGCCCAAGCCAGACGCAUCAUCAAGACGGACGGCUUCGGACUGAGCGGUCUGAAUAAAGGAUUGACUUCAACACUCGGACGCCAUGGAGUCUUCAACAUGAUCUACUUUGGCUUCUACUUCAACGUCAAGGAUGCUAUUCCUUCCAACCCGGACCCCACCCUUGAGUUCAUGAGGAAGUUCGCCAUCGGCCUUGUGUCUGGGACCAUCUCCUCUUGCGUGAACAUCCCCUUCGACGUGGCCAAGAGCCGCAUCCAAGGCCCCCAGCCGGUGCCAGGGGAGAUCAAGUAUCGCACCUGCUUCCAGACCAUGGCACUCGUGUACCGCGAGGAGGGAUAUUUGGCACUGUACAAGGGGCUGGUGCCCAAGAUCAUGAGGCUUGGACCAGGUGGAGCGGUGAUGCUGCUGGUCUAUGAAUACGUGUUCGGCUGGCUGCAGAAGAACUGGUAACCCCCAAAAAAUAAGGGAAGGAAAACCACCAGAGUGCCUUAUGGAUGGUGCCUCAACUCUAAUACAGUGUUACCUGACUCCGGAAACACAAGACCAAAUUAGUUUUUCAUUGUUAGUUAGUUUGUUUACCUUGAAUAUACAAUAUUGUGUGAAGAAUAUACCAAAACCAACAUUCCAGUUUAUCCUAGAAAGCAGCUCACGAAGGAAACACCCCCCUCGUCAUCAUCCGAGUCCGUCUGUCAGGAAUUAAAAACAGCUGUAAUAUUCCAAAACCGCCAGAAAAAUCAUACGUCUAUAUGAAAACCGGUUCCAGUGUUUUUCAGCAGUGGAACAAUCGGGUUUAAGGGCCCUGAAACCUCUUUUCUCACUUUUGCGUCUGACUGUGUGAAAUUGUGUCGAAUGUGAUCUUGAUAUUUUCUUCCAAAUUUAGAAAAAAAUUGUUUGCUCACAUGACAGAUUUAGGCAAGUUUUUCUCUGACCCCUUCCUGGGGGUGACCAGUAAAUAAGAAACAUGUCACAUGUUUCUCUGAACCAAUCAGAGUUGAGCAAUAUCUGAAUCGAAAAUCUGAUGACGGUUGAGGAGCUGUUUGCUUAUGUCGCCAUUAAGUGUCAGUCGAAUCAGAUCAAAUCGUACCCACAUCGUCCUGAUGAAUCAAAUGUGAAGUUGUGAGAUUUUAUACAUUUAAUAAUAACAAACGUUGAAGUAACAGAUAGAUACUUGAUAUUUGAAAUCAGAUUUUCAGGGGCUUUAAUGUAAACAAAAGAAGUAUAAAGAACAAAUGGCGAGUCCACGCGAGAAUCAUAAAAGAGCUUCCAAAAUAAAAUAUGAAACUCAGGUUCCACUAUAGAGGGCUCGGUUGUAUAUAUAUCUAUAUAGAUAUAUAUAUAUCUAUAUAUAUAUAUAUAUAUAAUUUUCAUAUAGCUGCACUGUACAUUUUAUUUGACAAUACUGGAAGAGGAGCUGUGUUCAUCUGAGUCUCACAGACCAACCUGAAUCACACACCCCCAUCGAAUUUAACUCCUAUCUUAAAGUAAUCAGUCCAGGGUGCAGUUUUUAAAGUCAGCGUCGGUACAUUCAUAUACGUACAUAUCUUCAUAUACAUCACGGGUACAAAACUGAAAAAUAUAUACUGUGAUCGCAGCGUUAACACUGAGCCUUAUUAUUUCAAACAAACCAAAUAUUCACAUUGGUGCCUUCAGAACUGAUUUUUUUUUUUUUUUUUUUUUUUUUUAGACCUGUUGCUGAACUUCUUUUUAAUAACCAUCUUUUUUUGCAUGACUGGUAUUUUUGUUUCUCCUAUAAACUACAACAAGUAUAAAAAUGUUUUUUGUUUUUUUUAUCUCAAUAUAUGAUAUUAGAAUUUGUUGAAAGUUACUUGCAUGUAUUGGUAACAAAUAAUAAUUAAAAAAAUUGUAACCGUUCA